AUGUCUCUCUUCCCCUCUUCUGCAAUGCCGUCUGAUCCCCUCUUUUCUUCACGAUCUGGAUUUAGUGAUCUUCCGAAAACGCUUGCCAGUGCACUAGAUGCCCCACCGACGACCUGCGCUCCCAAUCUUGUGCUUAUCAGACCCAGAAUGCGCGGAUCAACCACACCACACCGAGCACAGCAGCCGCAGACCAAACGUCUGCUUGCUUUCGCGCCCCCGCGCCUGCAGUCAUCCCCCUCCAGGACAGUGGCUCGACACGCACCCCAGACGAUAUGUGCUGACGCAUCCACCCGUCUCUGCCCCGUCCGUGUCUUGACACGCAUCGCCCGCACUGCUCGUCCCAUCCGCAACAUGCACAUGCUACCACCUCAUACGACCUCAUGUUCGCCCGCAAACCCUAGCGCCAGAAUGCAAGCCGUAGAAGAUCAAACGCGACCAGUGACGCACAUCCAACAUCUGCCGCGACAAGCCGUUCAAACGUUCAACUUCAAGUGGCGCGUCAACGAGCCCAUCUUGAACGUGCCCGGGCUUGAUGUGCAGCUGGGUUCUCUUCAUCAUUCCAUCGGAGACGACAUAGUAAAGGUCACAAGUGUGAAUCAAGACAUGGUUCGAUGUGUGUAA